AUGUCAACCAAGCGCAAAGCGCCAGGGAAGCUGGCAGCACCCACCGUCAAGUCCAGCGCCAGACGGGCAACCAAGAGCGUGAUCGACGAGUCCAGGACCUCUGUUGCCGGGACAGACGCCCUCCCCAGCUCGCAGCAGGACGCCAUUGAGAUAUCAUCCGAUGAAGCCAGCGACGACGGCUUCACAGACGAGGAGGAGGCCGCCAUUGCCGACGAGUCAAUGACCGGCACCGAAGCCCCCCAGCUCAACGGCAACCACGUCGGCAAGCCGUCGCGAGCCGCAGAGGACGACGGCGAGUCGGGGGGCGAGGACGGCGAGGAGACCUCGCCGUCAUUUGGCGAGCUCCUCAGGGGCAACGAGGCCACCAUCGACGUGCCCGCCCUGCUGCAGCAGUCCUCGGGCGCCAGCAACGCCGUCUCCCAGCCCGCCCGGGCCGCCAUCGUGCCCCCCUCCCACCAGUCCCUCACCACCGUCCUCACACAGGCCCUCCGGACCGACGACGUCGACCUCCUCGAAUCGUGCCUGCACACCACCGACCGCUUCACCAUCCAGAACACCAUCGAGAACAUCGACAGCGCGCUGGCCGGCAGCCUGUUAAACAAGCUCGCCGCCCGUCUCUACAGGAGGCCUGGUAGGGCGGGCACUCUGAUGACCUGGGUGCAGCUCACCCUCAUCGCCCACGGCGGCGCCCUGGCCUCCCAGCCCAAGGUCAUCCAGAGCCUCAGCGGCCUGCAAAAGGUACUGACAGAACGGUCCAAGGGCCUGAACAGCCUCCUGGCGUUGAAGGGAAAGCUGGACAUGCUGGAGGGCCAGAUGGAUCUGCGAAGGAGGAUGCAGCGGACCUCCGGGGCCAUUGGCCAGGGCGAGGAUGAGGACGAGGAGGAAGACGUGGUCUGGGUUGAGGGCGAGGCGGAGGAUGAGGAGCUGGGCAGCGGCCUCAAGUCUCGCAGGAGACGUGUGACUGAAGACUCUGACGACUCUGACGUCCCUGCCUUGAAUGGGACUAUUGGGGAGUCGAGUGAUGAGGAUGAUGACUUUGAGGAGGAAAUCGACGAUAGCGAGGAUGAAGGCGAGUCCCUAUUGGACGAGGAUGAGGUUGAUCACGAUGAUGUGGACGACUCAAUGGGCGAGGAUGAAGAGAGUGAUGUAGAAGCUGCCCCGCCCUCCAAGGUGCAAAAAGUAGCCAAGUCGUUUUCAAAGAGGAAAUGA